CCUGGUUGUUCCUCGUUACGUGCGUGGAUUGUUCCCACUGCGACGGUAUCAUCGCCCAUUUUGACGAAUUAAAGUUUAAUAAACUGUAGUGAUUUUCAGAAUUAAAUAGCUGUUUUUAAUGGCGGGCUGGUUUCCUCUGCUUGUUGGACUGUUCCUAGCGGUUGGGUUAAAUAUCUCAGGGGGCCAAGCUCAAUCUGACCAUACAGACCAGAAUAUGAGGUUCACCAUCUCCAGGCAGGGUUCCAUGGAUUCAGACUGCACUGUAUGUGUCAACUCCAAGAAACCGUGUCUCAUGAAGACCAUCAGUGUUACCGACAUAUCCUCUGUGACGUUUGACAAAUGCCCCCACCCACAGCAAGUCUUCACUGUGGAGAUAUAUCAGAAGAUUGGUUGCGAUGAGUUAUCCUGCAGUGCAGACAUCGUCCAUGCGGAAACAUCACAUUUAACAAAUUUGAAUAGAACCUUUAUCUGGGAUUUGGUGCCUGAGCGCCCAAAGUCUUUCCAGCUGACCUUCACUGGUACGGGCAUGAGGCAGAUCUUACCCACCGAGACGUGCCCAGAUCAGCACACGUAUACCGUAAUGGCUAACCAGUCCACUGGAAUUGCUGCCAUUGGAACCUUCUGCCGACACGGCACAAUCACCUCCAUCUUGGCACUGUCCCAGAGCAGGCUGGUUUUGGAGGUCCCAGGGGGACAGAGACUGGACUCUGUCCGCUUCCAGGUGUCUGUUGGCCCAGAGAUCAAAACUCUUGCAUUAGUUAAAGUGACACUGCCGUCUGGACCGUCAGCCACCAAGUACUUCUCUCCCAACUACCCCAGAAGCUUCCCUGAUGACGACCUGAUGACCUGGGAGAUCCACGUCCCGCCGGAGCACAAUUUCACCGUGCAGUUCCUGAAGUACACAGAGCCACAGUGCGUCAAGAAGGAGGUGGUGGUGGAGUAUCACAAGACAGACAAUAUGUCCAUGAUGUUCACUGGCAAGAGUCUGUCAAGUCCUCAGCCUGCAAACCGGCAGGGGAACUUCUCCCUGUCCCUGAGGAACUGUGAGAUGGAGAGGAAGUCCUCAGCUGGCCUCACCCUGAACUUUCAGGUCUCUGUGGCCAGGAGCAUCAAGCAAGUAUCAUGUGCUGUGGACCUGCGAAAGGAAGAAAGAGUCCAGCUCCUCAUUGAGAAGAAAGACCAUAAGUCAGACUGCCAAAUGAAAAAGAACUCUGUUCUCCAGGAUACAAUCACAGUGGCCUCAGGGAGUCUUGACAGCUUAUUUUUCAAAGACUGCCUUAGUGACGACCUUAUGUUAACCAUCAACAAAACCAUUGAUUGUCAGUGGAAGGAGUGCUCGGUAGUGCCUCUUUCUGUUCCCGACCUGCGGUGCCUGCCUACGCCCCUACGUAAGAUCAGCUGGCAUCUCCUUGCCCCAGAGGACGGAACGGUGGAACUGGUGCACAGGGGCAACCUGCAGCAGCUCCUGCCUGGCCAACCCUGCAAUGCCAACUUCAGACUCAGAGUCGACGAGGGCAACACGGUCACUGUCGGAAGCUACUGCCCGAAAGGCCCUAUCCAGAAGAUCCAGGUCCGCGCCAAUGUGUCUGUAACUGCCACAGCCAGCGCCAAAGAUGACCUCCGCAGGACCUCUGAGUCCUUUCUCAAUGUCUCCUUCAGGAAAGAUAUCUCAGACAGAUACAUCUUCACAGUCGUACCUGAAAAGGAUGUCCCAGUCUUGCUGGCCACACCCAGCUGGCCAGAUGGAAUGAGUGACCACUCCACCAUCUCAUGGAUAGUCACAGUGCCUCCAGACUACCAGGCCAACCUGGUGUUCCUCCAUGUCAGCCAGCCCAAGUGCAGGAAUCGACAUACCAUUAUAAAGGUGCAGACACUGGGCUCCCGCGAGGAGAUGUUCAGCCGUCGGGAGGAUGAGCAGUCUGAGGAUGAGCUGAGCAUCCCAGAGACCUUCUACCUCAACAUGUCCAACUGUGAGCCAGAGCUGGGAGCCUUCAGUGUGCUCUCCCAGAUUACACUGGAGGAGAAUACCGGCCCUAUCCUGGGUAUCGCUCUGGGGACCAUCGCUGGGCUUCUGCUCCUCCUGCUCCUGAUCCUGAUCGUGGUGUGGGUGAUCCGGAAAAAGAAGAGGCAGGAGACUCACAAAACUUCCAUCUACAACCCCAAUGGUGCCAACUUUCCCCCAGGACAUCGCAUGUUCCCUAAAUCUCGUGAGGAUAACGAGUCUCACGUCUAUGCAUCCAUCGAGGACACCAUGGUGUAUGGGCACCUCCUGAAGGAAUCGGAUUACCCCACAUCUGACAGCGACCUUGAGAUCAAGCCCGAGGUGGACACUUACCGCGGCUUCACUGGGCCCACAGAAGCCCCACCUCCACCGCUGCCUCACAGCCACAGGCAGAAGCUUCCGGAGCCCGGGGCCCCUGAAGUGGACGUGUACCGCCCUUUCAUAGACCAAUCUGAAAGUGCCCUGCCCGUCCAGGACAAAAUGGUGGAAAACGAGCUGUAUGGCCCCGGCAGCAAUGGACUCGGCUCACCCGUUUCGCCCACUCCCGACUCCCACAGCGAACAAUGAGCAAAGCCAGAGCAAUGCAGGAACGGAGGGUGUAUGUGCAUGCCUGCUGGGAAGUGCACAGAGAGGUGCAUGAUGGGCACCAGAUUUCAGGGAAUUCACGUAAAACAUAUCUCCACUUUGCAGUAGAUUCAGACAUUUCUCUUUUUUCCAGUAUGGGCUUUUCGGUUCUGAAAUGGAAAUAUCCACUCACCAUGCAUCUCUCUCUCUCUCCUCUCUCUCUCUCUCUCUCUCUGCCUCUCUCUCUCUCCUCCCCCCCCGCUCCCUCACACACACACACACACACACACCACAUUUUUAGUAUUUUUUUAUUUUUAUUUUUUACUUUUGUUUUUUUUUAACCAUUUGAUAUUGAUAGAGCAGUGGAAAUGCAGUGAAACCCUUUUUAAUGCCACUUUUUGUUGAUAUAUUUACAUUUUGCACUACAUUCUUUACACACCCUAUUCAAAUUUCAGAAAGCUUUUUAAAUCAUUGAAAUCAUUUCAGUAGGUUUUAAACUAUUCUAGGACCUGUUUUAGGAGACACACACACAUUUCUAUGAGUGAAGGAAAUUCCUUACUGCUGAAACACUUGAAAUACUUAAGAAAUAUAAACAUAUUAUCAUAAAAGUGCAUAGAGUUGAAGAAAGUAGAGAAAGUAGGUUUCAGACACUGAAUGAAACAAUGAUUAAAUGAAUGUUGGGUGUUCUCAGUUCUUAUUUGUCAUUAUUGGGUUGGUUCCAACACAUGCCAUAAUUUACAUUUAGUUACAUUUGUGAAUGUAUUGGUCACCUCUGGUCACCUGUGGUCACUGUGGCCAAAGAAAGUUUGUUUAUGUAAGUUGUUUAAAUAUAAAUGUUUUUAUUUUUUAUUUCCAUUUCAAUCAAGCAUGGAGUUAUUUAUUUUGAAAUGUGCAGCAGUAUGCAUUUUGCUGGCAAUGAUGUUUGCAAACAUUUAUAUUUUCUCUAGUACAGCUAUUUCAAUUGUUCAAUUACAAACUUCAGGUCAAUGGAAUAGUCACAAUACUUUGAGUAGAGCAAAGAGUCUGUUUUUGUUUUACUGGUGAUAGAUAGAUAGAUAGAUAGAUAGAUAGAUAGAUAGAUAGAUAGAUAGAUAGAUAGAUAGAUAGAUAGAUUUUAUUAUUUCUAAUAGGACUUGAUGUACAUUUGUAAAGAAAUUAAAAUUCGUUAAGUCAGUUAUUUGUAGGAAUGCAGUGUGUGUCAUACAGUUUUAUAGAAAGUCAUGGACUGCAAACUUUUCUUGCUCCCCACUUAAAUGUGUUUUUCAGUUUCUUAAAUAUAUUAAUAGCUUAUCAAAUUAUUUAUGGAGGAAAGAGGAAACCCCCAAUAGUUUAUAUACAUUUUUUAAGGUGAAUCUUUUAAGGAGGUUUAAGUUGUAUAAACAGCCAUAAUUGUUUUCUUUGUUCAUCAUAUGGGGAUAUUUCACAAGCAGGGUUAAGGAGUUCGCUGGCUGACUGUGAAAUGUUUUGAAAUUACCCAGGCUUUCAUCCAAUCAUACUUCUGAAAUAUCUGGCUAGCUACAUUAUCCCAAGCAAUCAGAGGUCAUGUUCCUUCACUCCUCUGAUGCAAGCUCAUGGCAUGUAGUAAAUGUGCAUUGCACACCUUUAAUGCUAACAAAAUGGAGCCAAGUUACUAUGUUCAGGAUAAUUCUAUUUUUGUUUGUUUUUUCUUGUGAAAUGUGUAUGUAAUGUACAUGUAUUUAUGUUUUAAAGGACAUAGGGGUAUUUUUUAUAAAAAUUACACAGAAAAAAGCAAGAACUGGUUUGACAUGUGGAAACAGCAUUAACCUUUGUGAUUUUUGUUGGCUAGUAUAAAUUCAUACUCUUAUUUUACUUAAUAAAUAAAUAAAUAAAUGGCUUGACAUAGCUGGAUUGACCAGUUGACCCAUUCCAUGUUCAGCAGAAAAAUCAAAUUAACAGAAGAAAUCUGGUAAUCUUAUGAGAUUAAAUGUUGCUGAGCAUGGCAGACUGGUGGGAUGAGCUAACUUUGAUCUGUCAUCAUUUUGUGUAAAUAGUAGGUUAUGUUUAUGUCACAAACAAAAAU